AUGCGUCGUUCAACAAUUGAUUCAUUAGUACAAGAAAAUCCAACUAAUUAUACAUAUUCAAAUUCUCAAAUACAAACAAAUGUUUUAAGAUGUGCACAUUGUUUUGCACCUAAAUCAAAUGAUUUAUAUACACGAUUUUAUACGGAAUGUGGUCUAUCUUGGCAAAAACUAACUCAUAAUCCACCGGAUAAUUAUUCAACUAAUAUAUGUACAAAUUGUAAAUCUACUAUUCCAUUUAAUUCUAACACAUGUGUUGUAUGUGAAACACCAGUAUCCAAAGAACCACAACAGCGACCAACUUCUCAAAAUCAGGAAAAACGAACUUCAAUUUCAAUUCCAACAAUAUCAAAACAAACUAAUACAAUAAUGAUAACAUGUUCAAAAUGUUUUCGUUUAAAUAAUCCUAAUGCUCGUUUUUGUGAUUGGUGUCGUUCAUAUCCUGAUCAUGCAUCUACAUCAAUACAAUGUACAAAAUGUCAUACUAAUAAUGAUUCAUUUGCAAAAUUUUGUUCAACAUGUGGAUGUGUUAUUGAACCACCAUUACGUAUUAUUGAUACACGUCUUUAA